GCCGCGGCGGGCCUCCGGAAAGCGGCUCCCGGCCCCGGGAGGCACGAGGCUGAUGAGCAUGCGCGCUGGUGCUAGCCUGGUGCGACGGCGGUUGCUAGGCAACGGCGAGCCGCGUCGGUGGAGGGCUCCGGCCGCGGUGGGCGUUGCGGCAGGCGGGGUGGAUUGCGCUGCAGAUGUGGUCUCCGUAGAAGAAUUAAAGGACUGGGAUAUGAAAUGAAGAUAUAAUUUGAUACAGCCCAGCAACAGCUUCUCCUGAAUCAGCAUGUUAAGGAAUAAGGGUCAUUCCUCUAAACAGGAUAACUUGGCAUUCACUGCAGUGGCCUUACAAGAUCACAUUGUACAUGACCUUCAACUUCAGAACCUUUCAGUAGCAGAUUAUUCUAAGACAAAGGUACCAAAGACAGAGAACAGAUCCAAAUCUCUAAAAAGAAAUGCAAAGGCAACAAUAGAUACUGGACUUAAGAAAACCACACAAGGUGGCCCUAAAGCGGAAGACCCAGAAAAAGACUAUGUUCUUGAUCCAAAGCCACCACCAUUAACUUUAGCACAGAAGUUGGGCCUCUUUGACCCUCCCCCGUUGCCACUGUCGGCGGAUGAAUGGGACAGAGUGAAGCAGAGGUCCGUUGAGCAGGGGGACUCCAUGCAGCCGUGCCCGAUAUGCAAAGAGGAGUUUGGACUUCAGCCGCAGGUGCUGCUCUCCUGCUCACACGUGUUCCACAGGGCUUGCCUUCAGGCUUUUGAAAAGUUCACAAAUAAAAAAACCUGUCCUCUCUGUAGAAAGAACCAGUACCAAACUCGGGUGAUCCGCGAUGGGGCCCGACUCUUCAAAAUCAAGUGUGCGACCAGGAUCCAGGCAUCCUGGCGCGGACACGUGGUCAGGAGGUGGUACCGGGACCUGAGGCGGACGGUGCCACCCGCAGAUGCCAAGCUGAGGAGGAAGUUCUUUGAAGCCAAGGCUGAGGAAGGAAGUGUGCCCGUUAACAAGUGUGAGAGCGAUGUCGGUGAGCCAUGCACCUGCAUCCACGCUGACCCUGCCCUCCGCACCCAGAACUGGCUUCCAGCUGGGGGCCUGUGCCACAGACCCUGCGACACCGGGAGCACCCCCCGACCAGGCGCCUCCCCCCAGGCCCACGGCUACCUCUGGUUCACAGAGAUCAGCCAGCGCCUGCUCUGCUCCUACUGCACGGACAUCGACGAGCUCUUCUCCGAGGUGGACCGCUGCCUGGCCAUCAACCGCAGCGUCCUGCAGCAGCUGGAGGAGCGGUGUGGCCGUGAGCUUUCCGAAGAGGAGUGGGGUGAGAUCCAGACCCAGGCCCUGCGCCGGGAGGCCCCCGACUGCCCCAUCUGCCUCACUGCGCUGGCGCCGCGGGAGACGGUCCUGCUGUCCUGCUCCCACGUGUUCCACCGCGCGUGCCUCCGCGCUCUGGAGGAGUUCUCCCUGGGGGAGAGCGCUCCUUUCCACGCCUGUCCGCUCUGCCGCUGCUGCUAUCAGAAGAGAAUUCUUGAAUGCUGAGUU